AUGGCUCCUCCAUCCUCUUAUCGCCCGCGCAAGAAGAGAAAGUUCCCCUCCUCAUUCACAGGCUCCAACAAUGCUCUCAUUAUCGAAUCUGACGGCAGGUCGUCUCCCGCAUUUCCUCUGGUGUCAUUCCUGUGGUCCGCUCGAGCAGGUGUUUCUCAAUGGCUUGUUCUUCCUCUCGUCUUGAUGGCUGUCGGUUUGUUCCGCUGGGCAGUCAGUCUAUGGGGCUACUCUGGCUUCCAGGUGCCCCCUAUGCACGGUGACUUCGAGGCACAGCGACACUGGAUGGAAAUUACCACUCAUCUGCCCAUGGCGAAGUGGUAUUUGUAUGACCUACAAUACUGGGGACUAGACUACCCUCCUCUGACGGCAUACCACAGCUGGCUCCUGGGGAAGAUUGGUUCAGCCAUCGACCCGGCCUGGUUCGCCCUCGAUGACUCUCGCGGCGUUGAAGAUCCCUUGCUAAAGGUAUUCAUGCGCGGAACAGUUGUGGUUUCGGAGUACCUGGUAUUCAUUCCGGCUGUCGUCAAUUUCCUGCGUCGCUACACCCGGAUGCAAAAUGUGCCUGUCUGGUCAGCUUCCGUUGCCCUCGUCGCAGUCCUUCUUCAACCAGCGACAAUUCUUAUCGAUCACGGUCAUUUUCAGUACAACUCCGUGAUGCUGGGGCUCGUCGUUGCGAGCUUGGACGCAAUCCUCGCGGGACGUAUGCUCUGGGCUUGCAUAUUCUUCGUGGGCGCUCUGGGCUUCAAGCAAAUGGCGCUGUAUUACGCUCCCAUCAUGUUCGCAUUUCUCUUGGGAGUGUGCAUUUUCCCAAAGAUCCGGAUUCUCCGCCUUCUUUGCAUCGCUCUCGUAACACUUGCAGCAUUUGCGGUCCUCUUCGGUCCCCUGAUGAUCGGCGCGACUGGUGAGGAGGCACGAGAGAUCCUGGCUUCAGCCCCACAGCCCCCUCUUCUGCAGCAACUCCCGAUUGACCUUGACAAGCAUUCCGUGCUUUAUGCAGUCGCUUUCCAACUGACACAGACCAUUCACCGCGUGUUUCCGUUCGCCCGUGGUUUGUUUGAGGACAAGGUUGCAAAUGCUUGGUGCGCUGUCCACACAUUCUACAAGCUUCACCGCUUCGAAGCUAGUCUCCUUCAGCGCAUGUCGCUUGGCGCCACAUUAGGUUCAAUCUUGGUCCCCUGCGGCAUCAUCUUCCGCCACCCGCGUGCAUCCCUUCUGUUGCCCGCCUUAUCAAGCGUUGCCUGGGGCUUCUUUCUGUUCUCCUUCCAGGUCCACGAGAAGAGCGUUCUGCUUCCCUUGCUUCCUAUGACGCUUCUCCUGGCUGGAGACGGCGGUCUCAGCAAGGAAACUCGGGCGUGGGUUGGAUGGGCCAACAUCCUGGGAACGUGGACCAUGUACCCUCUUCUCAAACGCGACGAGCUCCGGGUGCCCUACUUCGUUAUGACCUUCCUCUGGGCCUACUUGAUGGGACUACCCCCGACGUCCUUAGAAGCCUAUCGCAGCCGGGACUUGUCCGAGGACAACGGCGAGCUCAAUGUACUCACCAAACUUGUACACAUCUGCUUCUACCUUGCUAUGAUCGCAUGGCAUGUCCUCGAAGCUUUCGUGCCUCCUCCGUCAGACAAGCCCGAUCUGUGGGUGGUACUGAACGUGCUGAUUGGCGCCGGGGGAUUUGGCCUGGCCUAUUUGUGGUGUUUGUGGAGGUUGAUCCAGCAGUGCUGGACGAUUGACCAGAAGGUGGCAGAGGAGGCUCAGAAGAAGAAUCAGUGA